AUGACUCUCGACAGUGGGGCACGUUCGCGAUACCUGAAAGUGGCGCCGCUGCCAUCGCAUGAAGCCUUCUUUGCCUUUGACGGAACACGAGUACCAGUCACGUGCACGAAGCAGCUAGUGUACGUGAUGACCAUCGUCAAAGUGCAACGAGCGACACGCAGCAAGUGUAGCCAAGGCUCUGAGUGCCAGGAUGCUUCCAAGGACCAACAGAGCUUCAAGGAGAGACGACCCAGCAGCAAGGACUACAACAGGAACAGGAUCGAGGACGGACGACGCAAGGAGGAAGCGGAGGGGUCGAGGAUCACGUGCGAGCACCUGGGAUUGGCGAUGUACAAGGCGUUGUGCGUGUUGGAUAUCGCAGCCGCGGACUCGGACAAGCUUUACUUCCGCGCCAAGGCGGGGGAUACAGCUCGCCCGUUCAGCAGCCUCCAGCUACCGCUUCGUCUUCAGCAACGGCUCGAUGACCUUCAACUCGUGUGGGGCGAUCUACCUGGCAUCGAUCAGCGCGCCUUGUUGUGGGAUUCGGGCUUCGCGUUGUCGCCUACGAAUGAAGUGAUCCAGAUCUGGCCCCUCGGUGGAUGGUCCAUGGUCGACCUGGCUGUCCCGUUGGUUGAGUUCCAGGCCGUCGGGUGCGUCGAAAUCAACUGCACGCAGACUGAUAACACGACGAGUCUGAGCAACCUCUUCUGCAACGGAGAGCAGAUGGUCAACGCUGCGAGGUGUGCUGUGGAGGACUUUAUCGACAAGAGUGACACGCGCUCGGCGAUGUGGAAGACGGGCGGCAACCCUGAGGUGGUGCCAACUUCGCUCAUUAUGAGGCACAUCUGGAAAGAUGGCGGAAGCAACAUCUCCUACGACGUCGCUGCGAUCCACACCGUUGGUAAAGACGACGAGGCGGCGUACGGGGAGUGCACCACGAAGGAGCAGAACAAGGGAUUCGGCUCUCGUACUCUGCCGUGUCUUUCAGUUGGCAAAAUGUCCGAGGAAGCCAAGACCCAAAUGCAGGAAGUUGAGGGCAGUGACUGGGUCUCUCGGUGGCUGGUGGAGGCCUACGGCACGCAGGCAAGCGAUGCAUCCAGCAGCAACGGUGGCAACACGAUCAUCCUGGUGCUGCUCAUCCCAAUCAUCGCCGGGACUGGCGGAAGAAGCUCUCAAGAGGAACUCGACCUUCGAACGGGACUUCAGCUCCGAGUCCAACGUCACGCUAAAGACGCUCCUGUGCAGGAACACCUUGUCGAGAAGCGGAUCCCGUUCGAAAAUAUUCGAUUUGAUCGAGCAAUUUCCAAGGGCGUCAACGGAGAAGUGUGGGUUGGCGAAUACUCUGGCCGGCAAGUCGCUAUCAAGCGGUUGCUGCAGGCCAGAGACAACCGCGCGGAAGACGUAGAGGAGUUCUCGAUAGAGAUCGAGCUGAGUGCCAGCUUGGUGCACCCCAAUAACGUCACGUUCAUCGGCGUGGCUUGGAACACUCUCAACAACUUGGUGAUGGUGCUGGAGUAUUUCCCAGCAGGGGAUCUCCUAGCCUAUUUAGUCAAGAACGAGGAUUUGCUCACGUGGGCUCAAGACAAACUCGGUAUCGCGGUCGGUGUCGCUCGUGCUGUUCGGUAUCUUCACUCGCAAUCUCCACCGCUGAUCCACCGCGACCUCAAGUCGAAGAAUAUCAUGCUGACGCGCAAGCUGGAACCGAAGCUCAUCGACUUUGGCGUAAGUCGUGGACGGCAUGAGCACUCCAUGACGGCCGGUGUCGGCACCCCGUACUGGUCUGCUCCUGAAAUCCUCGAAGAAAAGAGAUACACGGAGCAGACGGACAUCUACUCGUUCGGCGUGGUGUUAUCGGAGCUUGACACUGGCAAACUGCCGUACCACGACGCGUUGACGCCGGACGGGAAGAAGCCGAAGCCGUUCCAUAUACUGUCAGAUGUGAUCGCAUGA